AUGUCCAGAUCACAGGGCUGCUUCGGUUACCCCCUGAGCAUCUUCUUCAUCGUGGUCAAUGAGUUCUGUGAAAGAUUUUCCUACUAUGGAAUGAGAGCGCUCCUGAUUCUGUACUUCAGACGGUUCAUCGGAUGGGACGAUAAUCUGUCCACGGCCAUCUACCACACGUUUGUGGCUCUGUGCUACCUGACGCCCAUCCUUGGCGCGCUGAUCGCGGACUCCUGGCUGGGAAAGUUCAAGACGAUCGUGUCGCUGUCCAUCGUGUACACAAUCGGACAGGCGGUGAUUUCAGUCAGUUCCAUUAAUGACCUCACAGACUUCGACCAUGACGGAAUCCCUGACAACCUCCCCACACAUGUGGCACUGUCCAUGAUUGGCCUGGCCCUGAUAGCUCUGGGAACUGGAGGAAUAAAGCCCUGUGUGUCUGCGUUUGGUGGAGACCAGUUCGAAGAGGGCCAGGAAAAACAAAGAAACCGAUUCUUUUCCAUCUUUUAUUUGGCCAUUAAUGCUGGAAGCUUGCUUUCUACUAUCAUCACUCCCAUGCUCAGAGUUCAACAAUGUGGAAUUCACAGUAAACAAGCUUGCUACCCACUGGCAUUUGGGGUCCCUGCUGCUCUCAUGGCUGUAGCUCUGAUUGUGUUCGUCAUUGGCAGUGGAAUGUACAAGAAGUUUCAGCCCCAGGGUAAUGUCAUGGCUAAAGUUGUCAAGUGCAUUGGUUUUGCCCUCAAAAAUAGGUUUAAGCAUCGGAGUAAGGAGUUUCCCAAGAGGGAGCACUGGCUGGACUGGGCUAAAGAGAAAUAUGAUGAGCGGCUCAUCUCUCAAAUUAAGAUGGUUACGAGGGUGAUGUUCCUGUAUAUCCCGCUCCCAAUGUUCUGGGGCUCCAGGUGGACGCUGCAAGCCACAGCUAUGAGUGGGAAAAUUGGACUUCUUGAAAUUCAGCCGGACCAGAUGCAGACCGUGAACGCCAUCUUGAUCGUCAUCAUGGUCCCCAUUGUGGAUGCCGUGAUAUAUCCUCUGAUUGCAAAAUGUGGCUUCAAUUUCACCUCUUUGAAGAAGAUGACAGUUGGAAUGUUCCUGGCUUCCAUGGCUUUCGUGGUGGCGGCAAUUGUGCAAGUAGAAAUUGAUAAAACUCUUCCAGUCUUCCCCAAACAAAACGAAGUCCAGAUUAAAGUACUGAAUAUAGGAAAUGAUAACAUGACUGUAUAUUUUCCUGGAAGCGCGGUAACGCUUGACCAAAUGUCCCAGACAAAUGAAUUUAUGACGUUUGAUGUAGACAAACUGACAAGUAUAAACAUCUCUUCUACUGGAUUACCCAUCACUCCAGUAACUCAUAAGUUUGAGCAGGGCCAUCGCCAUACCCUGCUAGUGUGGGCCCCCAAUAACUACCGCGUGGUAAAAGAUGGCCUUAACCAGAAGCCAGAAAAAGGAGAAAAUGGCAUCAGAUUUAUAAAUAGUUUCGAUGACAGCUUCAACAUCACAAUGGAUGGAAAAGUGUAUGUGAACGUCACCAGUCACAAUGCCAGCGAAUAUCAGUUUUUUCCUUUGGGCGUAAAAAGCUUUACGCUAAGCCCAACACAACAGACUCCACCACAGUGUAAGAAUGAUUUUCAAUCAUCCAACCUGGAAUUCGGUAGUGCCUAUACCUAUGUAAUCAGAAGGAAGAGUGACGGCUGUGCUGAAUUGCACAUGUUUGAAGAUAUUGCACCCAACACAGUUAACAUGGCUCUGCAGAUCCCACAGUAUUUCCUGAUCACCUGCGGUGAAGUGGUUUUCUCUGUCACGGGAUUGGAGUUCUCAUAUUCUCAGGCCCCCUCCAACAUGAAGUCGGUGCUUCAGGCGGGAUGGCUGUUGACAGUGGCUGUCGGCAACAUCAUUGUGCUUAUUGUAGCAGGAGCAGGCCAGUUCAGCGAACAGUGGGCUGAGUACAUUCUGUUUGCGGCCUUGCUUCUGGUUGUCUGCGUGAUAUUUGCCAUCAUGGCCCGUUUCUAUACUUACAUCAAUCCAGCGGAGAUCGAGGCUCAGUUUGAUGAUGAUGACAAGAAAAAGAGCCUGGAAAAUACCUAUUCCACGGUGACUCCCGUCUCACAGACGCAGAUGUAA